ACAAUGUUAAUAUUUACAACAUAAACUUAAUAUUUGUUUGGAAUAUUGUGUUGUUUGGUAUUUCUUAAGUGUAUUUAAUUUUAAUGUUUCUAUUUCGGUGAUUCCGUGUCAGAAUACUUUGUAAUUAUACGCCUCAACGAUAUUUACUGCAGUACAUAUAUAAAGAAAAAAGUUAUUGAAUAUACCAUGGUUCACUGUUCCGUAACUAUUUGUGGGUUUUAGGAGGAAUUUAUAUAACAUAUCGGGAUGGUCACAGCAGACAAGGACAGUGAAAGCGGACAUAUUGAAAGUGAUAAAGGGCGCUUUGGUGAUAAUGAAGCAGACUCAUUCAAUGAUCUGGACAGAGGAUGGGCUUGGGCUGUAUUGUUUGCAAGUUUUGGAACGUUCUGUAUCCUCGGAGGCUUAAUGUAUGCCAUUGGUAUUUCCCACUCAACACUUCUCGAGAGGUACAACCAAAGUGUUGCCAUGACGUCAUGGGCUGGGGCAUUGCACACGGCGUUAUUUUCUUUAGGUGGACCCUUGUCAAGUACAGUCAUUGACAGAUAUAGCUGUAGGACGACCCUAGUGUUGUCCGGAAUAUUCUUCCUACUUGGAUACAUCGGAACAGCGUUUGCACAGUCUAUGGAACUGGCCAUUUUUACUUUUGGGAUCCUUUCAGGAAUUGGUGGCGCCCUAGGAUAUACAGCAACAAUGGUCGUUGUCAGUUUCAACUUUAGAAAGAGGAGAAAUCUGGCUCUUGGAAUCGCAGUAUCCGGUGUCGGGGCUGGUGUUUUCAUUUUCCCGCCAUUAAUGCAAUUAUCACGUGAUUCUUAUGGACCAUUUGGACUCUUUAUAAUAUUAGCGUCAAUGGCGGCAAAUGUAAUAAGUUUUGGCGUUAUGUGUUUUCCUAGUAAAUUAGAGAAAUAUACACAGAGACAGCGGAGAUUACGUACAUUACAUCAGUCACGAGAAAGACAAACAUGCUGGGCGACUUCGAAGAUUUAUUUCGGUGUAUUAUUCAACAAACCAAUUAUCUGUUUAUGUAUGGCAAUGUUUUUCUUUUGCCUUGGGACAAUAUUGAUGUACUUGCACCUUCCAUCGUUUAUCGUCUCAAAAGGGUUUACGGCUCUGGAGGCUGCAUUUCUUGUUUCACUCUCAGGAAUUUUAUCUAUAUUUGGCAGGCUAUUAACAGGCAUCGCAGCAAAUCUAAAACGAAUCAAAGAUAUUCAUUUGUUUUCGGGUUCAAUCGGAAUCGUCGCAAUCGCUUGUUUUAUAUAUUCUGUGAUAUCGAACUAUUUUUGGGGACAUGUUAUUUUUGUUGUGCUCUUCGGACUGUUCUUUGGUAAUUGCUACGUGGUAAUUACUGGCGUUACAUUACCAUUCGUUGGAAUUAAUUACAUAUCUGCUGCUAUUGGAUUGCAGUUUUUCUUCGCUGAAAUUGGCUCAAUCAUUGGACCAGUGUUUGCAGGUUUUCUUGUGGAUGUCGGUGGCCAUUAUGAACCGUCAAUCUUGAUAGCAGCAGCCUGUAUCUUACUGUCAGCAAUAGUGAGUAGUCUUACACUGUGUAGUCAAAAAGACGAAAUGUUGAUAGAUAGGACAAUUAACAUUGUGGAUAAUCAAGAAAAGGAAUUACAAAUAUUGAGAGAUACGAAUCAAUAAAUAGAAUCCUGUAUAACUACAGCUUUCGUCCCGGUAUUUAUGUAUGAACAACUCAAAGUAAUCAAUGUAGGGGUCUACUGGACGGAUUUUUUGUUGUUGUUAAUUUUGCACACAAAAAAAAUGUGUAUUCUGUAUUACUAUUACUAAAUGCCCCUCACGGUGACUAUCGCGCAACACAAAUGUACUGAUGAUUUUUACCUAGUUUAUGUU